AUGGCUCGAUUCCUCAACCCGGCCAAGAUUGGCCUGCUCGUCCUCGUGGAGCUCUACGUCGAAGGAGCUGUGCCAAGUGAUGCCAUCCUCCCAGUCCUCUCCUUUGUCCACGACCACCUCACAGAUUUUGCUCCGAGGAGUGUCUCUGCGGACCAGGCCGAAAGAUGGGGCAAGGCAGAGCGGACGGUCAGCCUCAUCAUCAGCAUCAAAGACUUUGAGAAGCUACUCGGCAGCUACCCCUUUUUGAUGGGCAUGCCUGGGCGGAGAUUAUGGGACCAGUUUCUAGGAAAGCUCUGGGACAUCAACUGCCUUGAUGCAAUGCACGACUUCUUCGACCAUCUCUCUCGUCUGCUGGCCAAGACGAAGGAGGAGCGACAGAGGCUUGCCGAAGUGGGCCAUCCCGUUGAAGAUGAGGGAGGAGUCAAGCUCACACCCAACUCGCCCUUUGGGACAUUUGUUCGUCGAUCACGGCUGGAGUACCAUCGCCUUCGAUUCCACGACUGCACCGAGCUUUGGAAGAACUUUGUACGAUAUCGACAACCCACUGCCCAGUACAUGAAGCGCAAGCUCCCGGGCUUUGGGCGGAUGAGCUUCGACAAUGUUUUGUUGAUGGGCGAGCAAGAGGACUGGGAUCAUCAGAGCGUCAUGGAUCUGGCUUCGGUGGCGUACGGUGACAUGCUCACCGGGGAUCAGAGUAGUACGGUCCCUGUGAGUGCCGACGACAUCGGGAGCCUCCUCGAGUUCCAGAUUGAACAAGUACAGAAGUAUGGGAACCGAAUACCACUUGAGAUUCGCCAUCAGUUUCACGACUUGCUCAAGGACAGUUGCAUCAAGCCCAGUCUUACACACUACCUCAAUUUCCUUGACGCCUGGAGAGGAGGAGACUAUCCUACCGCGUUCGACCUGCUUCAUCGAUAUUUCGACUACACCAUGUCCAACAGAGACCGCUCCUACUACCAAUACGCUCUCAUGAAUCUUGCUGUUCUCCAGGCCGACUUUGGUUGCCACCGAGAAGCCCUGACAGCCAUGCUUGAAACCGUGUCGACAGCACGAGAGAACCGGGACAUGUCUUGCCUCAACUUUGCUCUCAACUGGCUGUUCCACUUUGGGCGUGCCCACCCCGAUCUUGUUCGUGACCUCGUGUCUCAUAGCAUGCUAGGCACAGGCAAGGACAACCUGGCAUUCCUCCGAGUCAAGUCGAAAGAAACGGGCAUGUGGACACUAUGGAGCGCUGUGCUCCUCAGCGAGGCUAAACUUGGGCUCAUCAACGGAGACAGCGUAGCUGCGGCAAUGGAGUCAAUGGUGCGAAGUUCUCACAUUGUCAUGGUGAGAAACAUGAAGAACAUGUUUGGCUCCCACCUCGCUCUCUCGGCGGCCCUGUGGGAUCGUCUCGGUGUCUCGAGUAUGUCGUCGGUGGCAUGUGAGGUCUUCCUGAGAUGCCAUGCACGACACUCGAUCUUUGACGACGAGCUCAAACUCAGCUGUCGACUUGCAAUGAUGCUCGCGGGCCAGGGAAGAUACGACGAAGCUUUGGAGAAACUGGAAGUGUUGGAAGAGAACUCGUUGAGAUCAUGGAAGCCGAGUCAAUACUGGCACAAGUAUCGAGGGAUCAUCAAGCUCAAGCGAGAUCUACAUCACAACAACUUGGAAGGGGCUGACCAACUGAUAUCGCAAAUCGUUCAGUCCAGGGAUGACGACCUGGAGCCUGACAUGGCCUUUAUCGUUGACAGCCUCCAUGUCGACUACCUGAUCCGGCGAGGAGACUUUCAAGCAGCAUUUGCCAAGAUCGAUCGCAUAAUGUCGCAGAUUCAGGAAGAGCGACGAGAUGUGGUCCUCAAGGUCAAGCUUCUAUUGUUGAAGGCCUCGCUUCUGGAUAAGUGUGGCCGAACGCAGAGGGGCUUCACUGCUGCGAUGCGAGCUGCAAGCAUCUCUUGGGAAGCCCGCAAUAUUCCAGGUCUUUGGGAAGCCAUCGGCGCUGUGUCAAACAUUCUCGUUUCACUCAGCGAGUUUGAAGCAGCUUCACAAUUGCUGGUGGCCGUGAUACCUCGCUCUCUCGAAUGCGAUACGGCGAGCUUGUCUGGCCAGCUCUACAGCUACCUAGCUGACGCGAAAAUGGGACUUGCAGGGAAGUGCGAGCCAAAGUCAGCCAAGCGGAUGGAAUACAUGACCAAAGCCCUCCAGGCUGUACAGAAGUCCUUUGACCAAUACUCGCAGAUUGAGGACAUGGCCAUGCAAUGCCAGAUGACAGCGAAGAAGGCCAUGAUCAUGAAGCUCUCCGGGGACAUGGCCCUGGCGGCAGACUACGCGGCGGAGUAUGUAGCACUACAGAAGAAGGCUGCUGCGCUCAGUCUUGGAGCGUGA